CAUGAAAUAUUCAACAGCAAUUUUCUCGAUGGCUAUGUAAAUUUGAAUUCAGAAAAAAAAACAUUACUUCUUACGAUUUUGAAUUGUUCAUUGUUCAAGUUGAAACAUAACCUUGUUUUAGGAAGAACAGAGUUUACCAGAGCUGCGUUCGGAAAAAGUGAUUGAAAAUUUUGUUCUGACAAAAUGACUUUUUUUAAAGAUAAAAAAAUCAUAAGUCCUGAUUUAAUUACCCAAAUUCGAACCAACUUUCAAGCUUUCAAAAACAUAGUCAUCGAAUAUUUCGAAGAAAGUUCAAUUCAUGGCUUCAAAUAUAUCGGAGAACGAAAACGGCCAUUCUUCGAUAGAAUCAUUUGGCUAUUUGCUGUCAUUAUUUCAAUAUCUUUGUGCUACUAUCUAAUUGGAAAUAUUUUCAAUCAACGCACCAAAACUCCUGUCCUUGUAACAUUCAAUGAGAAAGUAACACCCGUUUGGGAUAUUCCAUUUCCAACAGUCACAAUAUGCCCCGAGACAAAAUAUCACACAAGUCUCUUCAAUUAUACAGAAAUUUUUUAUAAAUUUCAAUACGAACAAAAUGUCACAUUAGAGGAGACUUUUAUGUGGGAUGCAAUUGCACAAACAUGUAUAUUAUCUAGUUUUUUUAAUUACCAACCACAUUCGGCCUUCACCAAAUCAUCAGAUCUAAUCAAAGCUAUGUUGACUGUAGCUCCCACAUUAGAUGAGACUUUAUCAGGGUGCUCUUGGAAAAAAUACAACGAACGCGUGAACGAAUCAUGUCAAGCACUAUUUGAUACUAUUUUGACUAAUGAAGGAAUUUGUUUUACGUUUAAUUCGCUUAAAUCUAAAUAUUAUUCACCAGAAUUGCUCAAAAUACGCAAAGCAGAUUUUAUCGGUACCCGAUUUGAAAAUAAUGAAGAAAUAAAAUGGGAUUUAGAAAAUGGCUAUGACCCAAAAGCUAAUGAAGAUGCUUUUCCAUAUCGUGUUUUAGAUGCUGGAGACGUGCAAAGUCUUGUUGCAACUCUGGCAGAUCGAAUAGAAGACAAACAAGAAAUAUGUAGAAAUUAUGUUCAAGGUUUUAAAAUACUGUUUCACACUCCCGGUGAUGACGUACAAAUACUGUCGAAGAAUUAUGUUUCUGUUCCCUUGGAUCAAUCCGUUUCGAUUACAAUCACGCCGAAGGUGGUCACAUCUGAUGACUUGCGUCAUUAUACUCCAGAAGAACGCCAAUGUUAUUAUCAGAAUGAACCGAAGUUGAUGUAUUUCACAGUCUACACUCAGGCCAAUUGUGAAUUGGAAUGGCUGAAUAAUGCUACCCUAUUAGAAUGUGGAUGUAUCAAAAUUGGAAUGCCAAGAAAUACUACUCAUCGCGUUUGUGGAUACGAAAAUGGUUAUUGCGUUGAUCUUGUUACAAGCCACCAUAGCACUUUGGCAUUUAGAAGAGAAAAAAAUAUGGAAUUGGAGAGUGAAAAUUAUUGUCUACCAACAUGCUUCAGCAUUGAGUAUAAUGCAGAAAUUAAACAUCAAAAUAAAAUAGAUUAUGCUCAUAUAUUGAAAACUAAUAUAGACCCUUACUCCAAUUUUACAUACAAUUAUUCAAAAACUCGAAUAAGUCAAGUAAGAAUUCACUUCAAAUAUCAUCAAUUCAAUGGUUUGAAGCGAUCCGAAUUGUAUAGUACAACCGAUUUAAUUGCAAAUUGUGGAGGUUUGUUGGGACUUUUUAUGGGUGUUUCGAUUUUGAGUUUAGUCGAAUUGGUAUACUUUUUUACAUUGAGAUUAUGGACAAAUUUGAAAAAUAAUACUAAAAUACAAGACGAUAAAAGCAAAGGAAAUGCUCUUUGGGCUCGUCCAAUUUGCCACCCAAAGAUUUUUAAAAUCCAUCAGUCGAAACCGAAUUCAAGUAUUCGGUUUAGAAAACAAAAAUCAAAACAAUAGGUAUUGAGUUUUGAUUAUGCGAGUAUUUA